AUUCAAACCAUUGUUGCCAAUACCGAAUUACCCGAUAAUCAGCAGAGCUGGGAUGGCCAAAAUAGUUUUAACAAUUCUUUAGAUAAUUUAUCCGAAACUGAGGUGGGUGAGGGAGUCGAGAAAACUUUACCAGAAACAGAGAUAAGUGAGAAAGUCUUCCGAAAGGAGGAUGCUAUUGCAUCCGAAUCUUUACCAGAAACUGAGACCUGA